AUGCAAGGCGACACCACGCCACGGCGCCCCUCCACGUCGCGCGCGCCACCCCAUCACCGAACCGGCGAAACCUCGCCUUGCCUACUUAGGCCGCCCCGUUCGCCUCGCACACCGCGGGAUCGAGUUCUUCGCGGGCGGUCGGUCGAUCGGAAAAGGCGAGCGGAGCGGUCGAGCGAGCGAGAAAGCGAGAGGGGGUACGUAGCAGUGUGAAGAAUGGCGGUGCCGGCGAGGUCGGCGGUUCGAUGGCUCGCCCUCCUCGUGGCCGUCUCGGCGGCGGCCGCGUGGGCGCACGAGGAGAAGUGGUGGCAUGGCGGCGAGGCGGGUGGCGGCGGGCAGCUCGUGCCGAAGGAGUGGCGGAGGGUGGUCGCGGCGAGCGACGCUGGCCUUGUGACUGCCGUGGAUGUCGCCGACGCUGCCGGCUCCGCGUACCGGCUGCACUUCAUCACGAUGAGCCCCGGCGCGCUGUUUCUCCCCGUGCAGCUGCACGCCGACAUGGUGUUCUACGUGCACAGCGGGAGAGGGAAGGUGACCUACAUAGAGGAAGGGAACAGUAAAUCCAGCACACUGCAGGUGGAGAGAGGAGACGUCUACAACUUCGAACAGGGCACCAUCCUCUACAUCCAGAGUUACCCCUGCAGCACGAGAGAACGCCUUCAGAUCUACGCCAUCUUCACCAGCGACAGCAUCAACGCCGAUGACCCAAGGCAUCCGACGUCAGAGGCUUAUUCCUGUGUCAGUGACCUACUGAAAGGGUUUGAAGGGGAAGUUCUUCGACAGGGCUUCGAGGUUCCACGCGAAGUAGUGAAGUCGAUCAAAUCGGCGAAGACCCCGGCGGCGAUCAUACCGUACAAUCCAGAGCAGGAGGACGAGGAGGACUCGUCGAAUUGGACGGAAGAAAUCGCUGACGCGCUGUGGGGAGUGAGAGACCCGCACUUCCUGAACAAGAAGAAGAAGGACAAGCACAGGGACAAGGGCAAGCACAAGGGCAAAGACAAGAAGUCCAAGAGCAAGACGUUCAACUUCUACUCCGGCAAGCCGGACGUCGAGAACUGCUACGGAUGGAGCAGAUCGAUGACCAACCAAGACCUCGAGACCUUGCGGGGAUCCAACGUUGGCAUGUUCAUGGUGAACCUGACCACGGGCGCCAUGAUGGGGCCUCACUGGAACCCGAGAGCGACCGAGAUCGCCAUCGUGAUCCAGGGCGCGGGGAUAGUGCAGAUAGUUUGUCCCAGCAUCCCGUCUGGUGAAAGCAAGAGGCGGCACGGCGACGAGGACGACGGUGGUGAACACGGCCACGGCGGCGGCCGGUGCAAGAACUCGGUGUUCAGGGUGAAGGAAGGGGACGUGUUCGUGGUGCCGCAGUUCCACCCGAUGGCGCAGAUAUCGUUCAACAACGACUCGUUCGUGUUCGUCGGGUUCAGCACCGACAUGGGGCACAACCACCCGCAGUUCCUGGCCGGGAAGCACUCCGUUCUGCAGCUGAUCGGCAAGGAGAUACUGGCGCUGUCGCUUGGGCAGGACAACUCCACCGCCGUCGGGAGGCUGCUGUCGUCGGGGCGCGAGUCGACCAUAAUGGCGUGCACGUCGUGCGCGGAGGAGCUGGAGAGGAAGGCGGAGCAGGAGGAAGAGGAAGGGGGUGGGAAGGGAGAGAAGGAGCGGGAGGAGGAAGAAAGGAGGAGGCAAGAAGAGGAGAGGAAGAAGAGGGAGGAGGAAGAAGAAGAGAAAGAAAGGAGAGAGCGCAAGGAGGAAGAGAAGAAGAGGAGGGAGGAGGAGGAAAGAGAGAGGAGAGAACAAGAAGAGGAAGAGCGGAGGAGAGAGGAGGAGGAGCACGAGGGUGGAAGAGGAGACGAGCCUGAACCAAGGUGGAAGGAGGAAGAAGAGGAAGGCGACUGGGGCGAGCGGCAGGUUCGCUUGUCCAGGAGCUUGAAGAAACGCUACCGCAGUAUCAAGGGCAGGCUAUCCAGCGCCUGAGCCAGUGAGCAUGUCCAGCCCAUGCAGUCGUAUAAAUAAUGUUGGCCUUGCUCGUGUAGAGGCCUGCCUACGUGUGUAGUACUAGUUUCGUUUUGUUCUACCGUGUCUUGACGUAGCCCAGUGAAAUAAGCUGCUGAUGUGUAUAAGAAACCGCUUGCAAACCAUGGAGUGCAUGUGCAAAAACCAGAUGUGCGACAAGAUUGUUUUGCAACCGAAACUGAAGUAAACUAUGAAA